CUGACACCGUGUGAGCAAGCUGACGGCAGGAGCUGUCCCUAUCCUGGAGGAGUACGCGUUAUUUCUGUGGAUUUCAGGCGGAGGAGCCCGCUUUGUGUCUCAGAUCUGGGGAGUUUUUUUCCGCGUCCUCACAUCACCUGGGCGCGCUGAGGCCAGCGGGGGAAGGAGCGGAGAAAUUCCGCUGGAAGAAGCUGCUUUUAUCUCGCAAAGAAACGCCAACAAAGAGCAUUCAAGGAAGUAGCCUGCUGUCUGGCGAGGCAACGCAAGUUAGUCAGCAACAAAUAUAAAGUGCGGCAGCGGAUAAACCCUUCGCCAUGGUUUACAACAGACUCAUCCGCGCCGUUUCCACUUUAUUGUUUUUUACUCUGUGCCUGAACGGGGGAUUUUUUCGAGUAAAUGGGCAAUACGGCGGCGGCGGCGACCGAGGAAUGUCUAUACCGGAGCACGGAUUUUGCCAGCCGAUUUCCAUUCCGCUGUGCACGGACAUCGCGUACAACGAGACCAUCAUGCCGAACCUCCUCGGUCACACCAACCAGGAGGACGCGGGGCUGGAGGUCCAUCAGUUCUACCCGCUGGUCAAAGUGCAGUGCUCUCCGGACCUGAAGUUCUUCCUCUGCUCCAUGUAUGCGCCCGUGUGCACGGUGCUCGAGCAGGCGCUGCCGCCGUGCCGCUCUCUGUGCGAGCGCGCGCGGCAGGGCUGCGAGGCGCUCAUGAACAAGUUCGGCUUCCAGUGGCCCGACAGCCUCGCGUGCGAGUCCUUCCCGGUCCACGGCGCGGGGGAGCUGUGCGUCGGCCAGAACAUGUCGGACCGCGGGGAGCAAACUGACCCGUACCCCACCGAGCGCGCACCCCCCGACCCCACGAACGGCAAGUUCAGGUGCCCGACCUCGCUCAGGGUGCCCCCCUACCUGAACUACCGCUUCCUCGGGCAGGAGAACUGCGGCGCUCCGUGCGAGCCGAAGCGGUCUCACGGGAUGAUGUACUUCAGCGAGGAGGAGCUGAAAUUCGCCAGGAUAUGGAUCGGCAUCUGGUCAGUGUUGUGCUGUGCUUCCACGUUGUUCACCGUGCUGACCUACCUGGUGGACAUGAAGCGCUUCAGCUACCCGGAGCGGCCCAUCGUCUUCCUGUCCGGCUGCUACACCAUGGUGUCCAUCGCCUACAUUGCUGGAUUUUUACUGGAGGAUAAGGUGGUGUGCAAUGACAGGUUUGACAAUGACAUCCGGACUGUGGUGCAGGGCACCAAGAAGGAGGGCUGCACCAUCCUCUUCAUGAUGCUCUACUUCUUCAGCAUGGCCAGCUCGAUCUGGUGGGUCAUUCUGGCUCUCACCUGGUUCCUGGCGGCAGGGAUGAAAUGGGGCCACGAGGCCAUCGAGGCCAACUCUCAGUACUUCCACCUGGCGGCCUGGGCCGUGCCCGCCAUCAAGACCAUCACCAUCUUAGCCGUGGGGCAGGUGGACGGAGACGUGUUGAGCGGGGUUUGCUUCGUGGGCAUCAACAGCGUGGAUGCCCUGCGGGGCUUCGUCCUCGCGCCGCUGUUUGUUUACCUGUUCAUCGGAACCUCCUUCCUCUUGGCGGGCUUCGUGUCCCUGUUCCGCAUCCGGACCAUCAUGAAGCACGACGGCACCAAGACGGAGAAGCUGGAGAAGCUGAUGGUGCGGAUAGGGAUCUUCAGCGUGCUGUACACGGUGCCGGCUACCAUCGUCAUCGCCUGCUACUUCUACGAGCAGGCCUUCAGAGAGCAGUGGGAGAGGACGUGGAUCAGCCAGACGUGUAAGACGUACGCCGUGCCGUGCCCGGCCCAGAACCACCCCAACAUGAGCCCCGACUUCACCGUCUUCAUGAUAAAGUACCUCAUGACGCUCAUUGUGGGCAUCACCUCCGGCUUCUGGAUCUGGUCUGGAAAGACCCUCAACUCCUGGAGGAGGUUUUACACGAGACUGGCCAACAGUAAACAGGGUGAGACCACGGUGUGAUGUGGUUUAACCCCGUCCCUCACACAGACUGCUUAGUGACAAACUGAAUGAUAAUCCUCUUUAUUAUUUUCUUUUGAUUUUUCUCGGACUUACAGGAGACACUUGGUAUGUUUUUUAAUGUACAUAAUACAUUUGUGAGAUUUUUGUAAGUAUAUAUUUGUAUUUAAAGAUUUUAAAAAUUCUUUCUUUUUUUAAAAAAAACACACUUUUUUUCAUACUUUGGACAUAAUGGAGUUGUACUUAAUCAACACAAGGAGCCAGCUGUCCAUCAAGGAUCCCGAGGUCUCAUGACCUGACUUACUGUGGACACCACUGGGAGUAUUUCGCGUUGAGCGUUAGCGUCUUUGAUCAGUGAACUGCUGGUGAGCGCUGGGUCUAUUCUAAGCAGAGUCCCGUGAAACCCAAGUGCUUCCUCGUGGCUCCCUCUCAUCCUGAUUAACCAGCUGCAGUUCGUGUCCGUUAUGCAGCUGAGCGGCAGUUGCCCGGGUCUGAAGGGAAAUGUCAGCAGUCUGGGACAAGAAUCGGUGCACAGGUUGUGAAUGUGAGUCAUUGUGACAGAUGGUCGUGGCCUGUAGCUCAGGCCCUGACAGUUGUAACAUUCCUUUCCAAAUAAAGCACACAUAAUCAUGUCAGGUUAAAGGACCACACCAGUCUUUUUGCAUGUUUUAGUUUGGAAAAUUUGACAGUUUUACCCACUCUCAGGCAAUACAGAUCUUCAGCUGUUAUCAUCCUGGAAACCCUUUUCCUUUUUGUUGAACUCCAGUUUGUGAAUCAGCUUGCAGACCCUUCAGAAUUGACUCCAGCUGCUGCACUGUGACCAUCCUGACGGUGCUUCAUUUUGUUAGUUAUGAUAUUGUGCAGUUCCCUGCGAUAUGAUGCGUUCAUGUCACAACGUUUACCAAAAUGAAAGCAGAUUCACUUAUUUAUUAACUGGCAAGUUCCAAAACUCUGCGACUUGAUUUUCACCUGCAGUAAAAGGAACUGAAACCAGGAAGGUUAACACUGAUGAGCUGUAAUGUAAGUCAUGUGUACUACGAGGGUCUUCAACAUGCAAAAAUACUAGUGUGUUCAUUUUCAGCUGUGAUUCAGACACCGUGGAUAUGAGCUGUGUUUGUGUUUAGUAAACAAAAUCAAAUAUGGCUGCAAUGGCAAUUUGAGUUUUUCACCUACACACACAUUAAGCAGAAGACCUCUGUGUGUGUGCUAAAACACAUUUUUAAUUUAAAACAUUUUUUUUUAAUACAGUGGUGUUUAAAAUCAUUGGACACCCUCUGAGCCUUCAGUUUCUCUCUUUUUUUUUUUUGUGCUACCUGAUAAUCCCACAUUUUUUCCCCCCUGAGAAUAAAACCUGGUUUAUUUUCAUGCAUUAGAUUCAGUUAAAUGAAAUACUGUGUGUGUAAAAGUAUAUGCAUCUAUUGUGUCAUCAGAGGAGAGCAGAGACAAUUAAUCGAAUAAUUGGUUUAAUGUUUUAAAGAAAAAUAACCAGCAACUUUAUCAAUAAUUAACCAUUUCAGUAAUUAAUCGAGAAAACAUGGCAAAACUUGCAGGUGCUGGAGCCUCGACCUGAACCUCUCGAGUGUGAGGCUCUGUUAUGUUCUGAUGGUGAACUGAACAUCUAUUGUUAAUGUUGGUCAGAUGAAACAAAUCAUUUCAGUACGUGAGCUUGGACUGAACGUUUUUACUGGGCAUGUUUGUCUAUUUUCUAACAUUUUAAAGAAAAAGUUGAACAAAUAAUCUGCAGAAUUAUUACUAAUGGGAGCUAACAGUUAAUUUGUUAAUUGUCUGAAUGAGAAGUACAUGCUCAAACCUGCACAUUUGAUGCUGCUCAGAUCUCUGCAGGUUUUGAACGUGCUUCACAAACGUUAUCAUUUUGGCUUUUGUUGCCAGCAAAAGCGAAGGAGUAAUCUAAGUAGAAUUGUAAAGUAUUUUAGGGUGUUGCAUGGGUUCACUUUCUGAAAACAUGGGCUUAUUGAGGAAUGUUAGGCUAUCGAUAGCUCCUGGGUCAGAGCAGUGCAGGUUUCAGAAGAUAAAUAAAUGAUCAAACCCUCCUUCCUUUAUCUGUGAGAAGUACUAUAAGUUGAGAUCAUGUUCCCAGUGAACAGUAAAUGUACCUGCAUGUGUUUUUCUAUUUUAUUCUGUUAUCUAUAUAUAAAACCCUGAUGGCACAAGGGAUGUACGUUUGCAGACAUUUGUUGUAAAAUUGUUCUUAGAAUCAGCCGAUUUUUCCACUAGAACAAAACACUGUUCAGAAGCUGCAGCAGAGUCUAAACCUCAGCCUAAAACUGAAAACAUGGUCACAUCCAGAGCCGAUGGUGGGAGAGGCUGUUUGUCAUGCACGUGUCAGAAAUGUAACAAAACAUGUUUGUGAUUCAUUUUCUCUGGCGCGUUUUUCUUAAUAUGGAGGUUGAAUGUGUCAGUUAUUGCUGAGAGGAGCCUUGGGUUGAUGUGCGGAGUAAUUUGAUGCUGGUGAACAUAGCUGUGUGUCUGCACAGUGGGACUGAAGAGCAGCCAGCUUGCGUGUCUUCCACUGCAGGAGAAAGGAAGCCUUGUGUUGAAAUGCAGAGCGGCUGCUGUCAGUGCAGCUCGGCUCACACACACAUCAUGACUUGUGUUCUUUUGAAAUGCUCCUCCACACGGUGCUUCCGGUUCAUAAUAAUCCUUUUAUUGUGUUGACGGCUCUACAAUAGUCACAGCUUUGAAGUAAUUUCCUUUGCAUUUGCUAUGAAGAGAACCUUUAUAUUUAUAGAAAAGAAUCUUAUAUAUACACUACAUUGAUUGCUUUAUGAGAAUAAAAACAGUCUCACCGUUGCAACUGUCAAGCCUUUGUAAAAUGUCUUUUUUCCUGGGAAAGGAACGCAAAUUUGUUUAUUUGCUAUGAAAGGAUUAGUUCAGAUUUAUUCAGUCCAUCUUAGUAUGCAUUGAAAUUUUGUGAGGAGGAGACUGCUUCAAGGCCAGUCAGGAAAAAUGACCACAGCCAACUGUUUCAUUCUACAUACAGGCAUGUGAGCGUUGUUCUAAGACAAACCUGUAAAACUGUAAACUGAUCCUUUACGCUUAAAAAUGUAAUGAAAACAUCAAUAUGGAGCCAAGGUGAUGACAUCACGUCUCAGCAUUUCAUCUGUCUUUCUGAAAAAAUGAAAGGUGUUCUUAAGGUUUACAUUCCAUAUUCUAAGACAUCAGCAUCUGCUCCAAUAGUCGCUAUAUAAAAUUAAAAUCUUCGUGAUUUUACCGUCCAAUUAUUGCUUUGUGAACACAGAUGAAACUAAAGCUCCCACGUAAAAAACUGCAAACAGUGCAUCGUGGGUACUUUAGUCAUCAUGCCUUGGUUUCAUUCAUAUCCGUAAAACUCACAAACGCUCUCUUCGUUCUUCUUCGAAAUGGUGUUCAUUACAGGCUAAAAAAUAAGUAAAAAACAUAAAUGUGAAAUAAACAAUGACAUCAGAUUGUUUUUCAUAAAACUGACAUCCUUAUCUAAACAUAU